GGCGCGUGACCAUCUGCAGCCAUGGCUGGAUUGGGGACUGCUUUUAGGCGUCUGGGCGCUGUGUCCGGAGCCGGGGCCUUAGGCAUGGCCACCUACGGAGCGCACGGCGCCCAGUUCCCGGAUGCCUACGGAAAGGAGCUCUUUGAAAAGGCCAACAAACACCACUUCUUACACAGCCUGGCCCUAUUAGCGGUGCCCCAUUGCAGAAAACCCCUUUGGGCGGGAUUCCUCCUCACCGCUGGAACCGCCUGCUUCUGCACCAGCUUUUACUACCAGGCUCUCAGUGGAGACCCCAGCAUCCAGCGAGUGGCCCCCGUGGGAGGGAGCCUGCUCAUUUUGGGCUGGCUUGCCUUAGCCCUUUGAACUCUUUUAGAUUUAAUAUCUGAGUAAAAAAAAAAUGUUAAGAGUUGGGACAAGGAGAGGAUUAAAAGAGACAAACAAA